UAGGAAAAAUACUUUUGGGGCUUUUAUUUGGUUUGACUAGUGCUUGUAGAGCUCCCUCUCUCUCUCUCAUCUUGUUGAGAAAUGAUAAUAAAGCCACCAGUGGUGAGGAAGUUGUGGACAAUUAUUUUUAUAUUUAAGUAGACAAUAUUCUCAUCUCCUCCGGCACGGGAAUUGCAAUAUUCUCUUCAGAUCAGAAAGGAAAAAAUGGAAAGCAAGCCAGUGAUUGUUGCUAAAGCCACCAGUGAUUAUUCCCAAGGAAAAAUGGAAUGCAACCCAGUGACUACUGCUAAAUCCACCAGUGCUGAUUCCUCAUCGCCUUCGCCGGUUGAGAUUGUCGAUGGAAAUUCCUCCCCGCAGAAAAUAGAAAACACACCUGUGACUACUGCUGAAGCCACCAAUGGUGAUUCCUUAUCCUCGGAUGAAGAGGCGCCAAGUAAGACGAGACGUCAUUUUGAAGUUUCAGACAUUGUAGCCGAAGCAGAUGCCAACACACCGACUACUAAUUAUAAAAGGUUGUUUCUAUGUUGGCUGAGAGGCUUUGUGUGGGUCUGUGAGUGUGAUGGCUGA